GAAAAAAUAAUAUAUGAGCAACCCUAAAAUUUAUCGACUUCUCGAUAUAAACAAAUAAUUUCAACAUCCCUAUAACUUCAUAAAGAUGUCUUUUUCCGCCACCGGUGAUUGCCAAUUGGUUUCGCAGAUUUACAAAUAUAAGAAGCACCGCAUCGUAUGUAAUGUCAAAGUGCUUCCAACACCUGUGACCCAUUUUGAGCGCGAAUCCAGGAAUGACUUUCACUGGAUGACUGCAGACCGAUGGACACGGAUCGAGAGUGGCCUGUGGCGUCUGUUUGAAAACCUGACUGAUUGGGAGGAUGCCCAAAAAUUGAACACAGAAUUGCUGAUUGAUCACAUUAAUGUCCAUGUCCAGGCCACCGAGAAGCCGCAUCCUGCCGCACUUUCUCUUUCAGCUGAUUUUGCGACCAAACCGCAGGAUCUUAACCUGGACCUUCAGCUGCGGUAUAUAACACAUGAAGAUACUACCAUUUUGGGUGUUCACGCAACCAAGCGUAAGCAUGCCACGGAAGCACAGCCCAAUGGUACCAGUAUCCACAGUUCAAAGCACACGGCAAAGACUCGAGCAAAACCUACACAGUCGAGACCUAAACACAUAGACGCCGACGACGACGACGAUGAUAAUGAUGAUGUACCUGCAGAGAGCCAAUUGCCUUCCAAAGUCAAACGCCAACGAAGAUCAAUUUCCCAGGGUAGUGGCACCAAAAAGUCUUUAGCCAAUGGACGCAAUUCCCGGCAGGAAAAUGUCAAAAAAGGCAUACAAACUCCUCCAAAGAGGAGCUCUAGAGCCAGCUCUGUCGAGUCCAAGCCCGCUCGACGUUCCGGCCGAUCUCCAAUGCGUCCUGGUCACUUCAAAAACUUCGUCGUGGGAGAGGCGGUUUCUCGCAAACCCAAGAUAGAAAAAAAGGUGACCAAAUCGAAAGCCAAGAAAGCAUCUCCCUCAUCUACGGAAGAGUCAAAAGUAGAAGAAAUGGAUGGUGCUCGUUUCGAUGCACUGCAGCGGCUGGACAGCAUGCUGGACAUUCCCAAGCCGCGUGAAGUUGAGAUAUUACUUUUGGAAAAUAUGACCGAACAAGACGUUCUCGAUACCUUUGAAACGUAUAAAGGCGACUUCGACACUUUGUUCAAAGAGCGUCAGAACAAACAACACACCACAAACUACAUGAGCAUCGAUCACAUGCAUAUCAUGGAUAUUCUAAACAAAAGCAUCCACGACAGCAUGAUUAAGAAGCUGGCUGAGAACUACAGCAAGCGGAGCGCCCACACAUCCCUGUUAAUCAAUGGUUUGCUGCCACUCUGGAUUCUCCGUCUAUUUAUGGACACCUAUAAGUUGUCCCAGCCAGAGGCUCUAUGCCACAUUAAGGAUCAACUGAAGUACGGCUCAUAUCUUAAGGCCCUGAACGAUGAACCGCUGUGCUCGGAUUUGGACUGAUAACUUAUUUUAAAUCAUCUUGGAAGCAUCCAAAACCCUCCCUAGUGGCCAAAACUGAAAUGAAGCAUCCAAUAUAAGACUAAACAAAUUAAUUGAAUUUUUUCCGUCUUUAUUUUGUUUGGAAUUCGUUUUGUAAGAGACAUUAUAAUUAUAAAUACAUAUUUCAGUUGCUUUCGAAAAAGGAAAACGCUUAAGAAGCCGAA